AUGACUUAUCAAGUCAACAAACAGUGUCCACUACUGAGGACAGAAGGACAUCACCUGAUACAAGACAAUAAAAAGAAACCUGAAUUUUCAGGUUUUGAUCUAGGAGAGAGCUUCACUCUGAGACAUGCAUUUUGUGAAGGUGAUAAAACCUGUUUCAGGUUGGAAAUGCACUUGAUUAGAGAUACAAUUAAGAUAUUUCCCAAUGGCCUUCCUGACGAAUAUGCUAUAGUAGCCAUGUUUCGAGUAAGAAGAAAUACCAAGAAGGAACGGUGGUUUCUAUGGCAAGUUUUAAACCAGCAGAAUAUGCCACAGGUUUCUCUUGUUGUUGAUGGAGGAAAGAAGGUGGUUGAAUUUAUGUUCCGAGCUCCUGAGGGAGAUGUAUUGAACUACGUUUUUAAAAAUCGAGAAAUCCGACCUUUGUUUGAUCGUCAGUGGCAUAAACUUGGUAUUGGUAUACAAUCUCGGAGCAUUUCACUCUACAUGGAUUGUAAUUUAAUUGCCAGUCGUCAUACCGAUGAAAAGGAUACAGUGGAUGUUCAUGGCAGAACUGUGAUUGCAGCUCGUGCAUCAGAUGGCAAACCUGUGGAUAUUGAACUUCACCAACUUAAAAUCUACUGUAACUCAGACUUCGUAGCUCAAGAGAUAUGUUGUGAAAUAUCAAAUAUUAAGUGUCCCAAGCAAGAUGACUUCAAAAGUACUGCAUCCUCAUUGAUACCCUCUAUAACCAGUAAAAUGACUGCAUAUCUUCCAGCAAAGGAACUUAAAAACCAAUGCCAGUGCAUUUUAAACAAGGGAGAAGCAGGGUAUCCAGGAGUUCCAGGCUCACCUGGUCAGAAGGGGGAUAAAGGAGAACCGGGUGAAGCUGGGUUAGACGGAGAUCCAGGCUUACCUGGUGCAAAGGGAGAGCAAGGUUCUGAAGGCAGCAAAGGAGAAAUUGGUGAAAAGGGUCACCAAGGAGAAAAGGGAGAUCCUGGUCUGGCUGGCAUUAAUGGUCAAGAUGGUUUGAAAGGCGAUUUGGGUCCUAAUGGUCCACCUGGCCAUAAAGGAGAAAAGGGAGAUGUGGGACCCCCUGGACCACCAGCCCUAAUUGGUUCCCGGGAAGUGCCAGGUCCCCAAGGUCCACCUGGAAAAGAAGGUCAGAGGGGAAGACGAGGAAAACCAGGUCCUCCAGGAAAACCAGGACCCCCAGGACCACCUGGACCUCCUGGCAUACAAGGAACACAACAGACUCUGGGUGGAUAUUAUAACAAGAAGAAUAAGGGAAAUCUUAAUGAACAUGGAGCUGGUGGUCCUAUAGGAGAGAAGGGUGAAACUGGACAACCAGGAGUUCCAGGGCCUUUUGGCACAAAGGGCCAAAAAGGAAAAUCUGGGGAAUCUUUUAUAAAAGGUGAAAAAGGAGAUAGAGGAGAACCUGGGGUAAUGGGAUCACAGGGAAUCAAGGGUGAACCAGGAGAACCUGGCCCUCCUGGAAAACCAGGAAUUCCUGGACUAGAGGGUCAACAAGGACCUGCAGGUUUAAUGGGACCAAGAGGACACCCAGGAGAUAUUGGAUUACCUGGAGAACAUGGUAUUCCAGGGAAACAAGGCCUUAAAGGAGAAAAGGGGGAGUCAGGUGGAAUUACAGGCUCUCCUGGACUUCCAGGUCCAAAAGGUGAAAUUGGUCCUCCAGGGAAAAGCUUGCCAGGGGAACCUGGUUUAGAUGGAAAUCCUGGAAUACCCGGUCCACGUGGACCAAAGGGGGAGAGAGGACUGCCAGGUGUUCAUGGUUCCCCAGGUGAUACAGGUCCACCAGGAUUAGGGAUUCCUGGUCGAAUAGGAUCUCAGGGGCCAGUUGGAGAGCCAGGUAUUCAGGGUCCUCGAGGUCUCCCUGGUCUCCCAGGAGCUCCAGGGACCCCAGGCAAUAAUGGAGCCCCAGGAAGAGAUGGAAAGCCAGGUCUGCCAGGCCCCCCAGGUGACCCGAUUGCACUGCCUCUCAUGGGAGAUAUUGGUGCUUUACUCAAGAAUUUCUGCAGCAACUGUCAAUGCAGUGUUCCUGGGCUGACAAGCCAAAAAAUUGAAGAAGGAAGUGCUGGUGGGCCUGGAAAAUAUGAUUCUAUAGCCCAGAAGGGUGAUAUAGGGCCACGGGGCCCUCCAGGAAUCCCUGGCAAAGAAGGACCAAAGGGAAGCAAAGGAGAACGGGGCUACUCUGGAAUACCAGGAGCAAAAGGCGAUGAGGGUUUUCAAGGAAUCCAAGGCAUUCCAGGUGCUCCAGGCCACACUGGACCUCCUGGCUUAAUGGGAAGAACUGGACAUCCUGGUCCUGCAGGAGCAAAGGGUGACAAGGGCAGCGAGGGAGCUCCUGGGCUACCUGGACCACCUGGUCCACCUGGGGUACCAUUUAAUGAAAGAAAUGGAAUGAGCAGUUUAUAUAAAAUCCAGGGAGGUGUGAAUGUUCCCAGUUACCCAGGACCACCCGGUCCCCCUGGCCCAAAAGGUGAUCCUGGUCCAGUGGGAGAACCUGGUGCAAUGGGAUUACCAGGACUAGAAGGAUUUCCAGGUAUUAAGGGAGAUCAAGGCCCAGCAGGUCCCCCAGGAACAGCUGGAAUAUCAGGAAAACCAGGAGCCCCCGGACCUCCAGGAGCUCCAGGGGAACCAGGUGAGAGAGGACCUGUUGGAGACAUAGGCUUCCCUGGGCCAGAAGGACCCUCUGGAAAGCCAGGAAUGGAUGGAAAAAAUGGAUUACCAGGUGCUCAGGGUAUUAUGGGGAAGCCUGGAGACAGAGGACCCAAAGGAGAACGUGGUGAUCAAGGAAUUCCAGGAGACAGAGGCUCACAAGGUGAAAGGGGAAAACAAGGCAUCCCAGGCAUAAAGGGGGCCAUAGGCCCUAUGGGUCCCCCAGGAAACAAAGGUUCUGUAGGAUCCCCUGGACACCAAGGUCCUCCAGGACAUCCAGGAGUCCCUGGAAUGCCGGCUGAUGCAGUUUCAUUUGAAGAAAUAAAGAAGUAUAUUAAUCAAGAGGUCAUAAGGAUUUUUGAAGAGAGAAUGGCUGCAUUCUUGUCUCAGCUUAAGCUACCAGCAGCAAUGUUGUCCGCACAAGCUCAUGGAAUGCCUGGGCCACCAGGAAAAGAUGGACUUCCUGGACCACCAGGUGAUCCAGGACCUCAAGGCUACCGAGGACAGAAGGGAGAAAGAGGGGAACCUGGCAUUGGGCUUCCAGGAAAUCCAGGUCUUCCUGGAAGUUCAGCUCCAGGUUUACCAGGCUCACCAGGUACCCCAGGGCCCCAGGGCCCCCCAGGACCAAGUGGAAGAUGUAAUCCAGAAGAUUGCCUCUAUCCUGUGACCCAUGAUCAUCAGCAGACAGGAGGGAAGUAAACAGACUUGAAAGACUUGAUUCCUGGUGAUCCUCCUUGCCAUUGGAGCUGUCUUAAUAUUUUCAAACACUCAUGACAUGUUGGCCACUUUUUGUUUUAUGGUAUAGGCCAAACAUUUAAAACAAUAAUUUGAGUCCUAGUUCUUUAGUAAUUGUGAUAAUACCGUUUUUAGAU